AUGAUUUUCUCGCGCAACCCACCUCUCAUGCAGCAGGCAGGCGACACCCCGCCAGAGCUGUCGCCAAUCUUCUCAUUCCUCAACAUUCACACCAACAAGGUCUACCAAGAAGGGUACUUCUUGAAAUUGAAUGAUUUGGACUCUCACGGGCGAGCUUGCGGUGAUCGGCAAUGGGUGGAAUGCUACGCACAGCUAGUCGGGACUGUCCUUUCACUAUGGGACAGCGCUGCGCUGGACGCAGCCGACGGAGAAGAGGUCCCGGCGACCUUUAUCAACCUGGCCGAUGCGUCUCUCAAGAUGAUUGAAACUCUCCCAAUCCAAAAUGGUGCGGUGCAACCACUGAAGAAUGUACUGAGCUUGUCAUCUGCGGGCAAGAACCGAUAUUUGUUGCAUUUCAACUCUUUCCACUCCCUAACCCAAUGGACGGCAGCCAUCCGUCUUGCCAUGUUUGAGCACACCUCACUUUAUGAAGCCUACACAGGCUCUCUAGUUGCGGCAAAAGGCAAGCAUCUGAACGGCAUCAACUCAAUUCUAGCACCAGCCAAAUUCAAAUACGAAGACUGGGCUCGUGUGCGAUUCGGAGCAGGUACUCCGUGGAGGCGAUGCUGGUUUGUGAUCAACCCGCCCGAUGAGAAAGAGCUCCAAAAAGCGCGGAAACUUAUGAAAAAGUCGGCAUACGACCGCUUGUCGAUUCCGGUCACUGGUAACAUCAGAUUCUAUGAGACAAAGAAGACGAAAAAGGCAAUUCCUAUCGCAACGGUGACCCAGGUAUACUCGGCAUAUGCAAUUUACCCUCAAUCCAAGGCCUUGAUCGAGACAUCCACCUUGGUCAAGUUGGAAGGACGAGUUACCACACAUACACCCGAGUCAUCUUCGGAAGGACUUGUCUUCAUAAUGCCCGAGCCUCACGCCGGAGUCUCUGGGCUCGAGAUGAUGCUGCGAUUCCUGUUCCCCACCUUUGAUACAUUCAAUCUCUAUGGCCGUCCUACUCGCCUGGUUGCAGAUACCAAUCACAUCAAGAGCAUCAUGUUUGCUUUCCCGAAGGAGCGGCGAUACGGCUACCUUGAUGUGUUGGACAUUGCUAAUCUUCUUCAAACUCCUGGAAGCCAAGAAUGGAACGAAGCUCAGUGGAGGAAACAACUGAAAGAGGCAACACAGCGCCGCAUAUCCUCCGGCCGGAGCCGGAGCGACAGUGUGAACAGCGUGCGACCCCGUUAUCGUUCCAUGUCCGGGCGGAAUAGUGACGUUCCUAUUGAUCCUGCGCGCCGUCCAUUCGCCAUCGAGUCCAAGCCACAGUUCAGCAACUCUGCUGAAGCUAUCAUUCACGAAGUCCCUAGGAACGAUGGCCCGCCGCUUGCUUACCACAACCGCGGUGUAUCCGAUACCACAGGCUUCAACUCUGGGCCCAAGUUCGGCAAUGCAGCUCUGGGCGAGGACUCCCCUGGUUCUUCUUCGCAAGAUUUGGCACACCGGGGGACUCCCGCUGUGGCCCCCAUUGCAGAGAGCUCGGGGUCUGAAAGCGAGCCUAGCAUUGAAAACCUGCACGGUCCGCCUGUCGAAGAGCAUAUCCCGCCACAAACACCUCCGGCCCCUGUUGCAAACCCGCCUGACUUUUCGCACGGACCCAGAGAAAUGCCUGCCAACCGCCCAGAACCGACUUCGGAACAGAGAUUGGCAAACAACCGCAUGUCUCAUGGUACUCUCACUCAGCUUACCUCGGUCGGAACCAUGGGGCUGAGUGCAGCAGCCGCUGGCGCAGCAUGGAAAGUUCAGCAACAACAGCAGCAAGAACAGAACAAUAACGGCCCACAACCGAAGGGAAGAAGUAUUAAUGGUGUCUACUACCCUGGUCCCGGGGAGGCUUCAAAUCCCAACUCAUCAAGCGACGAGGGCCUUACUCUAGCACGCCCGGUUUUGCCUCCCACGGUGCCAGAGCAACGUCCGACCACAUCCAGUAGUUCUGGAAGUGCCAAAGCCCAGAACACCUCUCACCGUGUUUCUUUGGAGCGGCCUCUCUCUCAACAGAUGGGACUUGACCCCGUCAAGUCUGUGCGACGCAAGCCGCUUCCGCAACGAGACGUGUUUGGAUCCCAACAACAGGACGAGCCGAGCUAUGAUGAUCUUCGCCAUACCCUUGAUGAAGAUGUGCUAAACUCAAUCGCUCCUCACGCCGUGUCGCUUCCAUCCCCGAUUUCGCCAAACCGAAAUGACGAUGAAAGUGUUUACGACAACGCCUCUACAGCCUCGCCUGACUAUGCUAGUACCCACGAGUCUGUUUACAGCAAGAAGUCCACUGCGUCUACAAAGCCUAGGAUGGGCGUUCGGAAAACCGUGGGUGUCCCGGCGACUAAGGAUCUCGUUAUUGACGAUGCCCAUUAUACCAUGGACAAGCCCCAAACCUCGAAUCCCGACAUCCCCAACGUGGAUUUUGGUCCUACCAUGACCUACAUGCCCACCACUGGACGCCCAAACACAUCUGACACUCUCAAAAAUCACCAGCGGAAGGAUUCGACCGGCACCAAACUUGCUAUUCCCACCCAUCAAAUGGAUCAGGCCAAUGCCCGGCCUUCUAGUCGAGAGGAAUAUCGACGAAGUGUGUUGUGGCAGCCUGGAAUGGCUUCCGGUCGUCCUGUUACCCCCGGUGGAGGACUCACCCCAGAGCAGUACGUGCAACAAAGGGCUACACCAAGUCCUCAAAUGCAGGCUCACGGCCGUUCGGCUUCAAACCCCAUGAUAACCCCACGUCCCGCAUCUGGAGAUUGGACCCAGCAUGCUCGCUCUCAGUCACCCAUGAAUACCCCGAGGCCCACAUCCCGUGGUGCCCAGAGCAUGCUUAACCACAACGAUCAUUCGAGUCAUCUGUCCGCGCGCGAGCAAGAGCAUGUUGCCCGAAUGACCGGCUCGUCAUUCUUCAACAUGUCAAACGACACCCGCAAAUCGCAGACGCAUGUCAACCCUAUGGGCCUCGUAUCGGCGAUUGACGCUCGCGAACGAGAGAAGCGCGAGAUGAGGGAGGGAAUGUCGAAUCACAUGGUUCAACAGGCCAUUGCCCAGCGUCAGCACAGCAUGGGCUACCAACAAUCCAUGGCGCAACAGCAACAGCAACAUUGGUCACCUCAGCAGUUCUCACCUCAGCCUCAGCAGAAUGCCUAUAUAUACCCGCCUCAAACUGGUCAUCAGGAGUCCAUGUACAACCUGCCUGGAGCUAACAACACUUGGGAUGCUCUGAAUCAACCAAUGCGCCCAGAUGUGCCCCGCCGCUCUUCUUGGUACGGCCAGCUUUCCCAAGCACCACCAACCCCGCCUACUCACCAGGCCCCCCAAGCUCACGCCCAAGACUCGCGUUACUACAACUAUGCCCAGUAA